AUGUCCAGUUCAUCUUCAGACUUUGAUAGUGACGUAGAUUUUUCUGACGACUCAGAAUUAGAUGUAGAUGAAGGAACAACCAUUGCUAAAAUUUCAGGCAGCAUUUCAAUUAGCGACUUACCAGAAUCCAAAACAUUAGAUGAUCCUGUUCAAACUAAUCCUUCUGUUAAGACUGAUUCUACUGUUACUGCGGAUAAAAAAGAAAUUAAGCUAGGACAAUUUCCUAGUCCUCCUGCACCUGUAAAGCCUAAUGUAAAAAGCCAACGACCUUCAAGUCUAAGCAGAAUUCCAUUAUUAAAUAAAGAAACCACAAACCAAAAUACUUAUGAUAUAGACCGACUAAUGAAUCCAAAGGUUCAAAAAUCAGCUUUAAGGACAUUAGGCUUGGAAAAACGCAUUUCUCUGCCUAAAUAUAAAAAUAUUAGCUUAGAAAGUCGCCCUAAUGCAGCUCCAAAGACUACUGAUGUAGCUGAUAGGCUUUUAGCGGACUGAGAAAAAAUAAAAAAUAAAAAAUCAGCACAAAAGGAGCAAGCUGAAAAAGAAGAACUUGAAAAAUGCACGUUUAAGCCAGUCAUUAAUAUAGGGAUUUCCCCUAUAUAGCCCUACAAGGGCUGUGGAUUUUUGUCCGGAAUCCUUGGGGUUGGUGGUACCAACAAGUGAGUUGGUCGACCAACGUACUGAGUUGGGUCCACCAACCAAAGGAUUCCGGACAGAAUCCAAAGCCCUUACAGGGUUAUAUAGAGCAAAACCCUAUACUCAAGCAAGGAGUAGAACACAUGAAGAAUUUUAUGAUGACAUGAAGAGGUUUUUAGAUGACAAGCUAAAUCGAAUUAAAAAUAAACAAGAAGAAAAUGAGCAGCUUAUCAGAACACAAAGCCAAGAAUUACCAUUUCGACCAUCGCUAUGUCCUAACUCUAUAAAGAUUGAAUCUAUGAAAUCAGGGAAUAAUUAUCCAAGAUAUGAGAAACUUUAUCAACUUCACAAAUCCAAAGACAACCAAGGCUUGCAGAGUGCUUUAAAAGAAAAAUCGACUGACUCAAUGCAGCUAUCUCAAUCCACUGACUCCCCCCCCCCCCUCCGUGAGCGAACAAAAAAAAUUUUGUUCGCUCACGGAGGGGGGUUAAUUUUUUUUUUAAAAAAAAUUUAUAUAUAAAUUUUAUAAAAAAUAUUUUUUUCGAAAUUUAAAAAAAUCCUAAUUUGCAAAAAUUGGGAAGCAAAUAUUAAUUUAAUUUGCAAAAUUAUGUUUUAAAACGCAAUUUGUUUAAAAUUAAACAGAAUUAGCUCUAGAUUUCAUUAUACUAAUUAUCACUUAUAUAUCAAAAUUUUUUUCCAUUAAAAUUUUUUCUAUUAAAAAAAUUUUUGUUCACUCACGGAGGGUGGGUUUUUGGUCAAAAAAUGGCGAUUUUUCUAAUGGUUUUGUUCGCUCACGGAGGGGGGGGGGGGGAGAGUGAGGAUUCUCAAAUUCUAUUUCAUCCUUCAGUUAAUGAAAGAUCGAAAAAAUUAAUCAGAAACUCCUCAAUUGAAAACAUUUUAUAUGAAGAUGCUUUAAGAAGGCACAAUAAAAGCUUGAACCCUUCUCCUAUAAGGAUUCAAAAUAAAAUCAUAAGUGAUAAAUCAGAAAAAGUGCUAAUGGAGAAGUUAAAAAAUGAUUUUGAAGAUGGAUGGAUUUAUAUUGACAUUGAUAACACCAAGCUGGUUUCAUAUACCAGAAUGCUUGAAGUGCUCAGAUCUAUGCAUUUCUUAGCGAAUCCUAAAAAGCAAGAGGAAUCUAGACUGCUUACUUUGGAGCUCUGGAAAUAUUUAGAAACCAGCAGCAAGCCUCCUACUAAAGAAUCCCUUUUUGUUAUAAUUAAUGCUAUUAUGGGGUUUUACCAGCCUUGAAUGGAAAACCCAGAAAAAUACCCUAACAGGAUAAAUCUAUCUGAAGCCACUGCAAAAAAGCUCCACUUAAAAUACAGUUUACUUUAUGAUAACCGAUUAUCAGUUGUAAAUAAAAGCACAGCAAAUAAAACGUAUAAAGAAAGCUUAGACUGCACUUUUAGACCUCAGCUUUCAGUGAUGUCGGAAAGACUUGCAACUUUAUCAGUAGACAGCAGAAGAAGCUCAAGCUCAUUAGCCACUGAACUUCAUCGAGAAAAAAUUUUACUUCAAGAAAAACAGGCAGCUUUGAAACUGAAAUUUGAAGCAUUGGAUUCUAAAGAAUGCACAUUCGCUCCCAGGAUAAAAGAUCUGCCUAAAACUUACCAGCAGUCAAAAACAACAGAAAAAGAAACAUUGUCAAAGGAUUAUAAGAAUAUUUUAAAUAGUGCUCCAAAUAAGGUUGAUAGAGCGGCUGCACUUUUUUCGCUGGCAUCGCUAGAAAAAAAUAAAAAAGAAAAUAAAUAUAAGCCAUUUGAAGAGCAAGAAUUAGAGAAAAAUAAAAAUGAGCUGACGUUUAAACCGAAGCUUUAUACAAGAGAAGAGCCUGAUGCGGUACCUGAUGAGCAGCCUGGUGUGCAAGAAAUGGUAGCUAGAUUAAGAUAUGCAAGGAAAGAUCAGGAAAAUGAUAAAAAUUUAAGAGAAAAAGGAUGGACAAGAUCCCCUGAAAAUGAUGUGAAGCAAAAUAUAGUGACUCAGGAAACUAGAGGUAGAAAACUAUCGUCAAGACCUCCACAAAAACAGCCAGAUAAAAGUGCUAAAGAUAAAGAAACUAAAAUCUUUACUAUAAAAACAAUUUUUAAAAUAAAAUAAAAUAAUUUAUAUGCCUAAUUGCAGUGGCUAAAAAUAUCAUGCUGAUAAGCCAUUGUUCUAUUUACUGUAUGAAAAAAUGAUAGCAGUUAAAACUAGAAUGUUUUGGUCAUAAUAAGCCGGCUUAAAACUUUUUCUUAAAAAAAAUAUUUGUGAGUAAGAAAAUCUUUCCAAAAGAAUCGAAAAAUCUUCUACCCAAGUCUCAAAUUCCAAAACCAAGCAAUCAUAAAAUUCCUAUCCCUCUCAGCAAAGAAAAGCCCGAGAGCAGCCCUCAUGAAAAUAUUGAGUGUCAAGCAGAUCCUAUUCAUGACCAAGCUCCUUGUUCAUCAGCACCUCCAUCAGAGCUAUUUAACGGUUUUGACUAUAUGAAUGAUUCAGGCUCCAGUCUAGAAAAUGGAAAAUUCAUAUCAAAUGAAGUCAUUUAUGAAGACGAAGAAAUGGAAAAUAUAUCAGAUGAGGAUGAGUUUAAUGGAGGUCUUGAACAAUUUGAAGAAGAAAAUGAAGUCACUGAAGGAAACGAAGAAACUUUGUAUGGAAGUGAAGACGAAAACGAUUUGCACAUUGAAAUAAAUUUGGGAAAUGGAAAAACAGAACAUUUAAACAUAAAAGAAGGAAUGGAUUUAGAAGAAGUUGUAGAAGAUUUUGCGAAGCAGCAUGGGAUCACGGUAGAGUCAAAGCUAAAAAUACUGCAGCUUGUGAAGAAUCUUCCUGCUACUUAA